CCACAACUUGCCCCUACCCAUAGUUUCUUGGCAAUUCUUUAAUUUUUAAACCAUGCAAAGUCUGGAUAGGAAACUGAGUCAUAAUAGAUUCUACCAAAAGUCAAAAGCAUCUAGAUAGUCGUGCGAAGCUAAGGCGGUGAAUUUUCUGGGUAAGUAUUUCCGACCUUCCCCGCUGUCCCAGAGAAUAUGUACUCCUAGAAUGAGUCAGCUAGCUAUCGGUGGGGUACUGAAGAAAGACUCCAUUCUUUCUAUGCCUCGAUUGAAAUUUCCGCCAGGUUCCAAGUUGGUCUUGGGCAGAUACCUGGCUUUUAACCAAGGCUCGUAAAUUCUACAUCGAGCUUUAUACUUACUAUAGCGAGCCUCUCGACCUGCCACCAUGCCCACCGUUCAUCUGCUCGACUAUGUCGCUGGGAAUGUCCGUUCGCUGGUGAAUGCAAUCAACAAAGUCGGGUAUGAUGUUGAAUGGAUCAAAACACCCGAAGACCUGGAGAAUGCGGAGAAACUUAUACUGCCUGGAGUUGGCCAUUUUGGCCAUUGCCUUUCUCAACUCUCGGAGGGUGGAUAUUUGGAACCCAUAAGACAGCACAUAGAUUCUGGGAAACCUUUUAUGGGGAUCUGCGUCGGCUUACAGGCAUUGUUUGAAGGAUCCGAGGAGGAUCCUGACGUUCCUGGGCUGGGGUUGGUGCGAAAACGUAUGCAAAAGUUCGAUAACAAUACGAAAAGUGUACCUCACAUAGGUUGGAAUUCUGCCAUGAACACCACUGCUGGGUCUUCAGGAGCUCAAAGCUUCUGUGGAUUGAACCCAGGCAGCAAGUAUUAUUACGUGCACUCUUAUGCAGCACUCUACACACCUGGUGUUCUGGAGAAAGAUGGCUGGUCGAUUGCUACAGCUACAUAUGGCGAUGAAGAAUUCAUAGGCGCGAUAGCAAAGGGGAAUAUUUUUGCUACGCAAUUCCACCCGGAGAAGAGCGGACAGGCCGGCUUGCGGACUAUCCGUGCUUUUUUGAAUGGUAACCAAGCCCAACCUCUUUCAUCAGAUAUUUCAAUCUCCGGCGAAAAGAAAGAUGGCUUGACUUGCAGGGUUAUUGCUUGUCUCGAUGUCCGCACAAAUGAUUCCGGUGAUCUCGUCGUCACAAAGGGUGAUCAAUAUGACGUACGCGAAAAAGAUGGCAUAGAUUCUGGAGGCCAGGUAAGGAACUUGGGAAAGCCAGUUGAUAUGGCUAAAAAGUAUUACGAGCAAGGGGCAGAUGAAGUGACAUUUCUGAAUAUAACAUCAUUCAGAAAUUGCCCACUGGCAGACACGCCUAUGCUGGAAAUAUUGAAAAGAGCAUCAGAAACUGUCUUUGUACCUCUCACUAUUGGGGGCGGAAUAAAAGAUACUAUUGAUCCUGACGGCACCUACAUUUCGGCUCUUGACGUCGCCACUACGUAUUUCAAAUCUGGAGCGGAUAAAGUCAGCAUUGGCUCAGAUGCUGUUAUUGCAGCUGAGCAAUAUUAUGAGGCAGGUGAAAAGCUGUCAGGAAAAACCGCCAUAGAAACAAUAUCUAGUGCAUAUGGAAAUCAAGCUGUGGUUGUGAGCGUCGACCCUAGACGCGUAUACGUUAACUCCCCGGAAGAUACCAACCAUCAUACCAUCAAGACGCAGUAUCAAAAUGCUGAAGGGCAAAGAUUUUGUUGGUACCAAUGCACCAUCAAAGGUGGAAGAGAGGCCCGGGACCUGGAUGUUCGGCAGUUAGCGAAAGCUGUCGAGGCAAUGGGUGCCGGAGAACUACUCUUAAAUUGCAUUGACAAAGACGGAAGUAACAGUGGGUUCGAUCUUGAACUAAUUAACGAUGUCAAGGCCGCCAUCAAAAUCCCGGUCAUUGCCUCCAGUGGGGCCGGAAACCCUGAACAUUUUGCAGAGGUUUUUGAGAGCACCACUACAGAUGCGGCACUGGGCGCUGGCAUGUUUCACCGUGGUGAAUACACUGUUAGCGACGUCAAGGACUAUUUAAAUGACAAAGGGUUUCUGGUCCGCAAGCUUGACACUGACAUCUAGAUAGAUUGGUAGUGUGUAAAUACUAAAAGCACUUUUAAUAAAUCAGGUGCGGUUUAUC